AUGGAAUCACAGAGACAAGUAUCAGUGUUUCCUAAAAAAACUUCCCGAUUUGUCAUUCUUGGGCUGAGGGUCCUCACCACCAUUUUACUGGUUGUGCCACUCGCCAUCCUCGUCUCCAAUGUUCUCUCAGGCAACAGGGAUAAAAAAUAUCACUUCUAUGAUUUUGUGCCUUACCGAUACAUGGCUGCCUCAAUUGUUAUUGGAAUUGCAUAUUCAAUCUUCCAAACUGGAGUUGCAGUUGUCCGCCUCAGAAGAGAAAAUCAUGGGAACAUCUUACUUGAUUUCUUUGGUGACAAGGUUAUAUCAACUCUAUUAGCUACUGGAUCUGUUGCAGGAUUUGUUAUGACUGCACAAUUACAGAAACAGUGGGGCGAAGCUGUAAGUGAUUACUAUCACAAAUAUUUCAAGAGGUCUUAUGCAGCGGAUGGACUUGUCUUUCUUGCCUUCGUCUGCACUUUCAUCCUAUCAGUCCUCUCUUCAUAUGCUCUCCCCAAGAAGUUUUAGAUUUUGCAGCAUCAUCAGCGGCUGGCUGUCCAUUGAUCAUCAGUGUCUUAAACACCUUAGUUUUAUAGUUUCUUUUUCUCCCCCUUUCAUCGAUGUGUAAAUCAUGAUCUAAAGUAGUGAUGUUUGUUUCUCCAAGAGUUCAUUUCAUCACAUGAAAAAUUUGAAGGGGUUAAGAUUUG